GAGUAGGAGAACUGAAGAAGAAGGGUCGUCUCGCGCUGUCGGUGUUUGCUAGGCCUCGGACGCUUCUGCUGGAAUAGCGCCGGGUUCAAGCUAGACCUGGGUUGCUCCGCUAAACCGGAAGACUAAGUUUGGUCCGCGCCUCGUAUUUCGGAACUAGCCGCGGAGUGCUGCUGUACCACUGGUCGAGACCUCACUUCGGGCGGUUCGGGGCGUUUUGUGGGGAAGAUCCGGAGGAAGGAGAAUAUAUAGCUGCGGGGUCCACAUUGCAGCGCUUCCCAAAGUCGAUGCGCGUUCAAGGUUCGAAAAGUCGGUCCAGCAUCCCCAUACUAGGACCACGUGCGAAUAAGGUCCAACAUCAUGGCUUCCUUCAUCAUCCGUGAUGUCCGUAUCUUCACGGGCGAGGAGACCAUCGACGCGGGCUUCAUUUACGUCCACGAAGGAAAGAUCCAAGCUGUCGGACCGGCUUCGGGCACCCCAAAGGCUUCAGUCAAGACUUAUUCGAAGCCGGGACACACUUUGCUCCCGGGAUUGAUCGACUGCCAUAUCCAUGCCGACAAGGCGAAUCCGGUGGCGCUCCCUCAGGCGCUCCGCUUCGGCGUCACGACGGUCUGCGAGAUGCACAACGAGCUCGUCAACGUCAAGAAGCUGAAGAAGCAGACUCUGGAACCAGAUACUGCGUCCUACAAGACCGCAGGGCAAGCGGCGACUAUCGAUAACGGAUGGCCGAUUCCGGUUAUUAUGGCGCAUGACAAGAGUGCGGAGACUUUGGCGGAGAUCGCUUCGUGGCCGAAGCUGUCGAACAGGGAGAACGUGAUCGAGUAUCUGGAGUGGAACAAGAAGGAGAUGCAGCCAGAUUACAUCAAAUUGAUGCAUGAGUCAGGUGCGAGCUUGGGCAUGGAUCUGACCAAGCCCUCGGUCGAGCUCGAAAGGAUCAUCAUCGAGGAGUCCCACAAAAGAGGAUAUGCGACGGUCGCGCACGCACUUUGCGUGAAGGAUACGCUCGAGGUCCUGGAAGCCGGCGUGGAUGGCUUGACGCAUACAAUCUGCGAUCAGCCUCCGACGCAGGAGCUUGUCGACGCGUACAAGAAGAACAACGCGUGGCUGAACCCGACGCUGGCUGCUAUCGGAAGCUUGACGACGGAAGGAAAGGAACUCCAGCAUCGGUUUGCGCACGAUCCGCGCGUGAAGGGCUUGAUUGGCGAGAAGGAGAUCGGCAACCUCUGCAACUGCAUGGCUUUCGCUGCGCAGUCAGGAGCAAAGGCGGAGUAUGCAUACGAAAGCGUGCGCAUGCUGAAGAAAGCCGGUAUCGACAUUGUCUGCGGGAGCGACGCCGCGGGCCCAGCAGUGGGUACCGCAUUCGGUCUCUCGGCUCAUCAAGAGUUAUACCUCUUUGUCCACAAGGUAGGUAUGACUCCAGAGGAAGCGCUCCGCUCAGCCACUAGUGUGGUUGCAACACGGUUCGGGUUCUCGGAUCGCGGGAGGCUCGCGGAAGGUUUAAACGCGGACCUGCUCCUGAUCGAGGGUAAUCCACUGGAUGACAUUGAUUCUACACUGAAUAUUCGAGGCGUUUGGCGGGAUGGGAAACCCUGCAGCGCCCAUGCCGCGCACAUGGAGGGCCCAACGCAUGGGUUGGAGGGUGUGAACGCGGUGGAUGGGGUAAUAACGCCUUAGAAAAGAUCAUCAUGGCUUCUGAGAGCAGUAAAACAUCGAAGUUCGUGGGUUCUGGUGGCACUGACGUUGAAUUCAAAAAUGAUGGGGAGGGGACGCCUGAAGGGCAGCGGCACCUCGGCUGCACCUGCCCGAAACGCGAGCGGGGCGCUACUUCCUUCCCUCUUUGUUGCCGGAUAUGGUUAUUGCAUCACGUGACUAUGGGUCAUAUAUAUAGCCAUAUUUCUCGUAUUCUCAAUCAACUCAGUUCUCAAUACUUGCC